UGUCUCAUAUUUCUCCCAGAAUUUCUUCAUUUUUAAAAUCUUAGUUCUCUCUCCUCCUAUGCCUGAAUCAUUCCUAGGUUUCUGUCCUCCAGCUCAUCAAUUCUCUCCUCCAUAAGGUCUGCUCUAUUUUUAAUGCUUUCUACAUUAUUUUUUUUAAUUUCAUUAAUUGUGUUCUUCAUAUCUAGAAUUUCUGUUUGACAUUUCUUUAAAGCUUCAGUCUCUUUGGCGAAGCGUUCCUUCUGUUCAUUAAUUUUAUUCCUGAGCUCCCUGAACUGUCUUUCUGAGUUUUCUUUUAACUCAUAGAACUUCUUCAUGACAGCUUUUUUGAAUUUUCUGUCAGUUAUACUGUAGUCUUCUGUGACUUCAGGUUUGGUUCCUGGAGAGUUGUCAUUCUCUCUGUUCUGCCGUGUUGCUAGAGUUCUUCAUGGCACUUGAACUGAUCCUCUGCCGGCGCAUCUGUGGGAGUAAACACCUUUCUUAUUUGGGUGAGGCUCUGGUUACUUUGGUUCUGAGCUGCUUCUGGUUGUAUGUGAGAGCCUGCACUUUUCACCCUCCACUGCCUCUGCCAGAGGGGUCAUCCCUGCCCUCCUUGUACUGCUUGUGCCUCUGGGGUUGCUGGGGCCUUUCUGCUUAAGAUGUUGCUGCAGUCUCAGGUGUCACCACCAGGGUCACCAGGCUGUGAGCACUUCUGCUGCAUCCAGGGUCGCUUGGGUCUUGUGCUUGUGUUCCUCCACUGGCUCUCUAUGGGUUCAGAUGCUGCUGUCACCUGCUCCACCUGUGCUGCUGCUUCUGGGUUAUCCGGGGGUGCUGGUUGCACUGCUGCCAGGGGUGCUGGGUUCAUGGGUGUCACUGUUGCUAGUGGUGUCCUGGGGACUUGUAUGCAGCCCCUGCUGCUAGUGGAGCUGGUGUCAGGGAUGCAUCUACUGGGGGCUGGGUCACCAGUUCUGCUGUGGUUCCUGACCCUUCUGGUCUCAGGUUCCACCUGCCACUGCUAGGCGGGGGGGAGUAGGGGCUGUUUUUUCUGCCCCUGCCCUGUCUUCUCACACUGGUACAUGUCUGGCCACUGCUGCUGCUGCUCUGCCAGCCAUUGUGUGCAAGCUGGGCCACCCUUGCCUCCACUCACAAUCAUGAAGGCCACUGCAUGAGGUUCCGGACCCUGGAUUGCUGCCACUUGGGGAAGGGGAAGGGGUGCUCCCCUAGUUCCAGUGCUUCCUAGGGGUCCAGUCCACCCACCUUCAGAUGGAUAGCUGCAUGGAUCUCUUAGGCGUCCUGUUGUGCUGUAUAGGGAAUCCUUUGUUGGUCAAAGGAUGUCCAUUUGAUUGUAACUUAGCAGGAAGAAACAAAGGGAACAACUCACUCCACCAUGAAGCUGAUGUCACCCUCCAAUAAGGACUUUUAAAAACACAUGAGCAUGAUUCUAGGACCACACCUACCCAAAAAAUGAAGAUGUCUUUAAUCAAACACACAGUCAGUCUUCACAUUUUCCCCAUUGCAGUUGGUCUCAGCAUCCUAAUUGGCCACCUGGGCACCAGCAGCUCAAAGUAUCCAGAUAACAUCCACGCCCUCCACCCACUGAUGUGUCGUCAAGCCUCUUAAGCCCCAGGCUUCUCCUCCAUCCCCUCAUCGCCCUCUUGACUCUUGUUCUUGGCGCCUUGCCCUGUGGAGUGGCCCACAGCCUGGAGUCAGCAGCUUGCACCAUGGAGUGUCACUGACUGUGUUCCCUGCCCUCUCUAGCUCCUGCCACUGGGUGGUUGGCUCCAGAUGCUUCAUCAGCUUCAAGUGUCAUUUUUGGUUUUGGCAAGACCACUUCAUAAAGUGAUUGAGGGUUUUUCUUUUUAAGUAUAAUUACAGCUUUGUGGAUUUAAGCAUUUUUUUGUGUUCAAGUUCAUUGAAAUUCUUCUCCUUAUUGAUAUUCAAAUCAUCCCACCUUUGGCCCAAGGGGUGAACUUGAAUCUUGAAUUGACUCCCGAGCCCCUCUGACGUUGGCCAACAGCUGUGAUCCGCUUUGUUCUCUGGUGUGACAAGCUAUUCCAGGCUCGUCUUAUAUGUUUCCCAACCCAGACCGGGAAGCAUCCUCUUCUCUCAGGAGCCCUCUUCCCCUUCCGAGAAAUGGUAUGUAGAGACCACGGUCUGGAUGGUAGGCGUGCUUAUUUUUAGGCCUUGUUGGUGGAGAGAACUUAGAUUUCUUUUUAAGCUAAGACACAGUACAAGUACAUACUGACACUUUUCACUCAAAUUCAGAUCUAUGUGGUUUUUACUUGAGCUGAUUGAUAAUACGUCUGCAUCUCCUCUCCCCUACACCAGAAAUCUCAACAGUGCCCAACGUAAUUAUUCAUUUGUUUUAUCCCGUAACUCAAUAAUCUCAAAAUAACAAUACCAACACUAUCAUCAGUGUCAUGAUUACUGGAAACAGUUUAAGAUGUUUUUAUGUACUUUUAAAAUCCUAGGGUUAUAUAGGUGUACAGACAAAACUUUUAAAAUUAUUUGGAAAAUGUUUACAGAAAAUGAAACACUUUUGCCAUUCUUUUUGUGCCCAAGCUAUCCAGAUCUACAGUCAAAAUCCUGGAUUUUAAAAUCACUUUGAAGAGUUGGUAGGUUUAUGCUACCGACUGAUGAUGCAAGUUAAUUAGUUUCAUCUUGCUUUCAAAUUUAAGAACUCUUUUCAAAUGUAACUUAAUUUAAUUUAAUUUAGUAAUUAUGUAAAUAUUUACGUUGGUUCUAAAGCCAAAUCUACAAACCAAGGUAUAUUCACAGAAGUCUCAUUUCUGUCCCUGUCUCCCUUCACCUCCUUUCCACGUGUUCCCUAUAGGUAGCAAUUUAAUUUAAAACAAAUUUUAUGGCUUAUCCUUCCAUUUGUGAAAAUAUAAGCUGCUGGCCCUACAUAAAUAGAUAAGCAUCAAUAGCCUUUUGUUCACUUAGCGAUAUGUCCUGGAGACAGCCACGCAGUAGUGUAUAGAGAUAUUUCUCCUUCCUUUUGAUGCCCGCUCAGCGCUCCAUGGUGUGGGUGGACAUACUUCAUGCAACCAGAGCUCUAUGGAGAGAUGCCUGAGUGGUUUCCAGGCUGGUGCUCCUCAACCGUGCUCCGAGGAAGAGCCCGUCAAGCAUCUGUCCGAGUUCUACCCAGCUGUGUGUGGAAUAGAUCCCUAGAGGUGGGAUUACUGGGUCGAAGAGCAGUGCGGCUCUAACCUUGCUGGAUAUUGCCAAAUCCCCUCCACGGGGGUUCGGACCAUGUUAAAUGUCAACAGGUAACAUCUGAGGAUGUCGUCCCCCCCAGAUAGUUGUCAAACUCUUGGAUUUUGCCCAUCUGACAGGGGAGGAACGGUAUUGCAAUGGACUUUUAAUUUGUCCUUUUCUUGUUAGGAGUACAUUGAGGGUCUGUUGUGUGCCGGUCUCAGCCUGUCAAUAACAAGUGUUAUGGCUAGACCAGCCUUUGAAGUUCUUAUUAUGAUUGCAAGACGCCCUUCAGCAAUAACCAUCAGGAAACUUUUAAAAAGUAAAGGCUUAUUACGUACAGGCCCUGGAAAUUACACAGCACACCUGGGGCCACACAGCAAGCUCGCAGGGAGAGAGACAGCAUAGGCCUGGGUUUCUGCUCUUAAAUUGGGGUCAAGUGUGGGGGUCUAGGGUUUUCAGGGCUCACUCUUUACUGGCGAAUUUAAAACAGAGAGUGGAAAUUUAAAGCACGGAAAGAGAAAAAAAACCCCAGCGGUCAGUUAUGGAAAUCAAGCAAGACCUCUAAAACAAGGUCGGGGUGGGGGCUGGCUCUUUCUCGUGUGGGUGGCAAAGAGCAUAUUUGAGGUGGCCAUCUUUGUAACAGAUGCCUCAGCACUUGCAUUACAAAAAGAAAAGCCAACUGUCAGGGUGACGCGACAGCAUCUUUUCGUAUCUUUAAGGAUCCGUUUUACAUUUCCUGUUCUGUGAGCUCUUUGUCCCAUCUCUAUCAGUUGGCAUCUUGCCCAGCCUCCAGAAAAAGUGUCUCAGAAGGCUGGGGGUCCAGGGAGGCUUAAGGGGAGGACCCUCAGCAGAGUGUUUCUCAAGGGCAGUGAGCACCUGCUGCCUCAGUGUCUCUUGGGGCACAGGUUAAAUGCCCCACUUCUUGGACCCAACCUGGACCGACUGGUUCAAACCAGCCAAGGCUGAAGGCCCACUGCCCUGGGGGCCGGGAUGGGCAGACUCGCUCUUCUGCUCUGUUACUGGACCCUCACGGUUGACUUUGAAGCCAGGCAAGAUGCGCUCUGCCCCUCAGCCUCCUCGGCCAAGGUCCCUGCUCAAGAGCAGGGCCACAGGAGCCCCAGCAGGUGCUUGAGGCUGCCGUGGAGCGGGGCUGGGGUGAGACCGCCUGGCGGAGGGAGGAGCAGCCUGCAGUCAGAGUCUGAGGUGGAGAAAGGGGAAGGAGGCCUGCAGGGCAGAGGAGCACUCAGAGGACAGCUGCGGGAAAGGAGGCUGCCUGGAGCAGGAACCAGCGGCCCAGCACCGCCACCGCCAGCGUCCCAGAGUGGCUGCGUGAAGCAGGGAACAGGCGGCGGAGGGAGCUGUCGGCCCCAGGACCAUGAACAACAGCAACUGUAGCUCCAACGGGCUCACCUGGCCCCCGGCGGUUAUGAGCAUCUUCUACACCUACACGGGCGUGGUGCUGGUGCUGGGCCUGCUGCUCAACAGCCUGGCGCUCUGGGUGCUGUGCUGCCGCAUGCAGCAGUGGACGGAGACCCGCGUCUACAUGGCCAACCUGGCCGUGGCCGACCUCUGCCUGCUCUGCACCCUGCCGUUCGUGCUGUACUCCCUGAAGCACAGCACCACCAAGGACACGCCGUUCUGCCAGCUCUCCCAGGGCAUUUAUCUGGCCAACAGGUACAUGAGCAUCAGCCUGAUCAUGGCCAUCGCCGUGGACCGCUACCUGGCCGUGCGGCACCCAAUGCGUGUCCGCGGGCUCCGCUCCCCGCGGCAGGCCAUGGCCGUGUGCCUGGCGCUCUGGGUGCUGGUGGUUGGCUCCCUGGUGCUUCGCUGGAUCCUGGGGAUGCAGGAGGGCAGCUUCUGCUUCACCAGCCUCUCCAAGCAAAACUACAACACCGCGGUCUUCUCACUGCUGGGCUUCUACCCGCCGCUGGUUGUGCUGGUCUUCUGCUCUCUGCAGGUGGUGACCGCCCUGGGCCGGAGGCCGACCGCUGACUUGGGCCAGGUGGAGGCCAGCCGGAAGGCUGCCCGCAUGGUUUGGGCGAACCUGGUUGUGUUUGUGGUCUGCUUCCUGCCCUUGCACGUGAUGCUGACGGUGUACAUGGCCACGAGUCCGCCCACCUGCGUCAUCCGCCGGGCCCUCUACAUCACCAGUAGGCUCUCGGACAGCAACUGCUGCCUGGACGCCAUCUGCUACUACUACAUGGCCAAGGAGUUCCAGGAGGCGUCGGCACUGCCCGGGCUCCCCACUGCCAAGGUCCACAAGAGCCAGGAGUCUCUGUGUGUGACCCUGGCCUAGGAGACAAGCCAUGAGCACGGUGGGCCAGGUCCCGAGCUCUCCGGGAGGUGCUGCCUGCUGGGGGAACCUGUGCCCAGCAGCAAGGAGCCCCAGCAUCAGCCCUGAACUUGCCGUGGGCUGUGGGCACUCUCCAGGAGACCCGGGAAGGGCAGGGAUGACCCAGGCACAGAUAUUGGGGAGGUGACAUCCCACCCCUGGGCUGCAAGAGGGAUGGGGACAAGGGCAAGAGGAGAAGCCUGAGUAAGGCCACCACUCCCAGGGGCCCUGGGAUGAGCUGCCCGCCUGCCGUGCCCAGAGCCUAGUGCAUCUGGCCACUAGGGGGUGAGUGCCUGCUAAGUGCUUUGAGGCCUUGAUGGCCAGCUUUCUGCGGCCGCCCCACCAGGGCUGGAAUAAAGCACUCCACCAGGGCUGGCCCUGACAGGGCCGUGUGUGUGUGUGUGUGUGUGUGUGUGUCUGUGUGUGUGUGUGUCUGUGUGUGUGUGUGCCCCCCCAGUGCUCGCAUGGUGGGAGGAGGGAGGGGGAGGAGCAUCUUCCCAGAUGAGUCUCUAGGGCUGUCCACUUGGGGGCUCUCCUGAGCCCUGCCACCUGCCUGUCGCCCCGCCCCACCCCCAGCCAUCUGGAGGUCUGGUGGGGGCCAUGUGCAGCUCCUGGGAGGGCCGUGCUAAAGGCCACAUGCUGGUUUCCUCCUGCCACGCAGGGCCAGGACCCCUCGAGCCUCGUGGGGGCUGUGCAGCUGCACCAGGGUAGGGGUGUGGGGACAGUGAGGAGGUGGCCAGGGUCUGUCAAGGGAACAUGUCCCCUCGUGCUUCCUUCAGAGAAGCUGGAGGCCCUGACCAGUGGAGGCAGGGGUUGGGUGCCCAGCAGGCGGAAGUGUGGGCACCCAGACUGGUUUGUGCUGCGCCCACCUCUCUGUGCCUCCCUGCCUGGGGCCAGGCAUCCAAACUCAAGUUGGAACCAACAACUGGCGCAUUCCAGAGGCCCCCUGUGGGUGCUGGUCCAAGGCAGCCUGGGCUCAAACCCAAGUCUGUCUCCUCCCACCCGUGUCUCCUCGGGCACCAACAACUGCCUUGCCCUCCCUCCCGGCUGUGUCACUGGAGUGAGAAUGGCAGCAACGUCCUGGCAGGGCCGGCCUCAUGGGUGUGGGGCUUAUGCCCUGAGGGCCCCCGGCUCAGGGGAACCUCGCUCCAAAGGGUCCAUACUCAGGGGGUCCAUACUUGCGGGGAUCCAUGCUCGGGGGGGAGCCAUGCUUGGGGGGGACCCCACUCAGGAGUGUCCACCCUCGGGAGGUCCGUGCUCCCUGUAGUGUGUUGCUGUCCUGUGCUGAGGCUCGGACUUUUGAAGGAGAGCUCACACCAUCAAUCCUGGGCCUGCCCACCACGGCGGAGGGCCUGAGGGGCUCCUGGGAGCUUGCUGCGGGUUGGCAGGUGGUUGAGCUGAGGGCCUGCAUUCCUUGGGGGCUCUGGAGGCCUCACCUUCCCCUCAGUCAGGCGGCUCCCCUGGCCCGGGCAGCACCUGGGCCUCCCCAGGGCUUCUGCCCACUGCUGGAAGCAGCCCUGCCGCAGGCUUCUGGGAGGAGGGGGAACACAGAGCCCACGGGGAGCCCAGGGUGCAGGGGCGGGACAGGGGCAGGGGCCCAGCAGCCCGGUCCCCCCAGCACUGUCCCAUCCUCUCCCUUCAGGGCACCCACCUUCAGCUGAGCCGGACCUUUCCAGCACUUUGAUACUCUGUCACGGGCCAAAGUCAGGAAUCACUGUGGCCAGUGUCCAGAGCCCCAUCCUUUGCCUCAUGCAGUGCCCAGGUCCUGGGGGUCUGCCCCACGCCCCUCCUCCACACUCCAUCAGGGCUCACGCUGCCUGACCGUCUCGUACCCCUCCACCGCCCCCCCAACCCAGGGGAGCCCCCUAGAUCCAGGCCCCAGACUGAGUGAGGAUGCGGGCCUGAGAGCUGUAGGCUGACCCCUGGAGGCAGGCCUGCACUCUCUCCUCCCUCCAGCCCGCUCCCCUCCCCAGCCUUGGGACCCUCCUGUGCCCCCAGACACAGGCGCCUGCCCUGCAACCAGCCCCACCCCCUCACCCCGUCCACUCUCCCCACGACUGCAAACCCCUAACCCCAUCCUGUCUCCCCACGACGCCCCACACACUUCACCCCCCACGACUCCCCACACCCCUCACCCCAUCCAGUGCUCCCCACGUGUCUGCACUCCACUCUGGUCCUCCAGCCCCACCAUCUGAAACGCCCUUCUGGGGGCAUCGCCAAGCUGACAGUUUCCAGCCCUUCUACCACCCUGACGGUCCAGGAUUUUCGUUUUCCAAGGGACCAAGGAGUCCACGGAAUGAUUCUCACCUUGGACUGACCAGUGGAGCCGGGCUGAGUGUAGACGUCUAGUCCUGAUCUUGGCCAGAAUGGGGAUCCAGGGAGACAGACAGAAUAUGGCCUGGGACUCAGCUCCAACCGCCCCCGAGCACUGUGGGACAGAGAAGAGGGGGCACCCAGGUAACCAGUGUAGACCAACAAUAGAAAAGAGCUUUAGACCAAAAGGUUAACUCUGGCCCAGUGGUAGUAGCUUCCUAGAGCUCUGUGUUAAGAGGGAUUCUGAGGCUCCCUCUGGGCUCAGAGGUGCAGAGUGCUGUGAGCUCUGCACAGGUCAGGGCUGUCCUCACCGGGGUGGAGGAAGGGAGAGCAGCAGGAGGGGAGAGGCUGGCCCUCCUGGGAGCCUCCGCAGGGUCUCCUGAUGAGGGUGCUGGUGGGCCCGGUGGUGGAGGAAGCCCCCAGCUCUCCAAGGACCCUCCGGCCUCCUGAAGGAUGCACAGACUCCAGGGGCACUCCUGCCCCCUCACUGGCCCACUGGGGUGCUGCUCCUCCCCAGGCUGUGGCUGAGAGGGGGGUGCACACAGCCCCUCUCCCUCCUGGCUCCCAGCAAGAUGGCGGCAGCUAGACUUUCACAGAACUCCCCAAGGAACAACGAGAAAAGGAACUGAGGUGAAAGCACCGACGUUGUCAAGCAUCCCAAGAACUGACUUCUGAACCCUGAUCACGACCCCUAGGCUCUGAGCAUCCUACACCAGAGUGUUACCUCUGGGCCAGGCCAAGCCAAGUGGAAGAGCCUCUUCCUAGCAGGAGACUGUCCACAGACCCCCCAGAGGGCUUAGGAGCAGCCUGGCACACUGAUCAGGACCGGGCUCGCCAGGAGUUGACAAGGAAGAGGCAUCUGAAAGAAAAGCGAUUCAUCUUGAGGCUGCAUCAACAGGAGUACAGGGCUGAGAAUAUGGGAGGAUACAAGCUCAUUCUCUCUCUGCUAGGGACAUUUUAUUGGGUUAGGGAAACUGUUCUAGACGGGACCACAGUCACCCUGGAGAGGGUCUAGAAGGGGGUAGGCUGCUGAGAGCUCAGCAACCCAGACCACUUGGGAACAGCCAGAGGGCACGUGUGCGGUCAGCUGGAGGUGAGGCACCUCCCAGGAAGUGGGGCCAUCUGUAGUCCCCCAGGAGCGGACAGGUGUGGUGGCUGCAGAGUACAGACCAGGUCUGGGAGGGACCCAGAGAGCUCCCAGCACAAGCUGCUUCCAAUCAGAGAGUUGGGUUUGAGGCAAAAUCUAAGCGCCCGGCCGACAAUUUUCAAACAGAAGCUGAAGGUGCUGCUGGCCAGUCCCCCGGCCCCCCGGCCCUCGAUUCCGAAGAGUCUGUGUGUCGUCUGGCUUUUCUGCUCUGGGAGCACCUAGGAUGUUUUCUUUGUCCUUCAAGCAUUGACACUGCACAAGGAGGCACUUGGUCUGGGGACACGGUGCACUCCUCCGAUCUGAGGCCCGGAGCCCUCAGUUCUAGAAACGAGCAUGUUCUCCUCCGGCCAUUUCUUCCGCCGACUCCUCUCUUCCUGGGACUCCGUGAGUCGGAGGUCAGAGGUCUCAGACUGACCUCCUGCUUCCCUUCUUUAUUUUUAUUUCCUGUUGUCUAUGUCUGCUGGGGAUAGUGCAUCUUUAUUUCACAACCCUUUCAUUGAAUUUUCUCUCAGUAAUUA